AUUGAAUUUGAAAUAUGGUAAUAGGAGGUAAGAUUGUUUAGAAAAGCAUGUGUGUGAGUGUGAUUGAGUUAUUAAUAUUUAUGCUUUGGGUUAAAACUUAAAAGGAAGAAAAGGAAGGUGUGUGUGAGUGUUGUGAGUUGUGAGAUAGGAAGAGAAGAAAGGAGGCAUGAGAAAGAGCAUCCGUUGUUGCAUAUCGUGCAUUCUGCCAUGCGGGGCACUGGACGUAAUCCGCAUAGUGCACUCGAACGGGCGCGUGGAGGAACUGAGCGGAAGCAUCAAAGCCAGCGACAUCAUGAAGGCGCACCCCAAACACGUCCUUAAGAAGCCUUCCUCCCCCUCCGCCCAAGACGGCGGCGUCGUUCCCAAGAUCGUUGUCGUCCCCCCCGACGCCCAGCUCCAGCGCGGCAAGAUUUACUUCCUCAUGCCCCUCCCCUCCCCCUCCCGCUCCCACAAGCUUAAGAACAAACGCAAGGACCACCGCUCCGACAACCACCUCGCCAAUGAACGCUACUUGACUCAUAUACUCUCCGAGAAUCUCUCUCUCUCUACUCACACAGACAAAAGACCACCUCGUCUCGCUGUCUGGAGACCUCACUUGGACACCAUUUCUGAGUCUCCACCUCAUCUGGAGGGAUGAGCAGGAGCUUAAUUUGUAAAGGUUUCAGUAUUUGUUUUGCUUUUUAAUUUUUUAUGAAUUAAGCUUGGAGUUGGAAGUGGACAUCGAAAAGUGAACACAGCAAGUGUAGUAUGAUUGAAACACAGGAGAAAAGGAUCCCACUUCUGUUGUGUCUGGUUUUCGGGGCAUUCGUCGUUCUGUAUUCGAAGCUGAUUGAGACGUAUGCUCGAAUUUAUGCCAUUGCUACAAACGGAGUAAUCUAUUCACGUUUAUUCCCCUCUUUCACAUUGGAAAAAAAAAAUGUAGUGUUCAACAUUGCUAGCCAGAGGGUGACAUAAUGCUUGCAUCACCCUUUAUACAUAUAAUAGGUGUAGUUCUAAUCAUAAAAUGAUAAUAAUACAAAUAAAUUCAAGUAGAUAGCUUUUCACAUAUAUUUUAUUUUUCAAGAGGAAAAAAAUGUUUUGGGCCCCCCAAUUGAGGGAGGACAGAUUCAUCGUUGUCUAAGAAGUGUAAAGCCACGGUGUACUUGCCCACAAACUAAGGGUAAAAAAAUGAAAAAGAAAAACAUAGGUUGGAUCAUGAAAAGACCAAAGGAUGACUUUGCGGUUGAAAGUAGCCACUGUGACAGUGUGCUUUCCACCAAAAUUCUAAUAUCAAAUGAUGCGUUGGUAAUUAGUGGGGGGUAUGAUAUGAUAUGAUAUAUAUAUAAAUAUAAUAUAGCAUUUUGUUGCGAGGUUAGUGGCGGUGGCAUCCUGUAAAGGUGAUUAUUACACGGUGGAGUCUUGACCUAGUGGAGAUCAUUGAGCCUUGAGAGAAGCUCGUGUUCUGUUCUGGUUCUGAUUCUGAUUUUAGAUUCUUCUCUGUGAUCCGAACGCAUAUAUGCGGUUUUUAGUUUUUACUCGGAAGCCAGCCCCACCAUCACAAAAAAGUUGGCAGAGUGCUUCAUAUGCAACAAUGAAUGAAUCAUUGAAAUGUGAUGGUCUCAUGGGAUGUCAGUGUUAUGAGUGGAUCAGGUGAACUCACUAACCUCCUUGUCUGAAUCUUCUCUCACUCUCCCUUGCUUCAUUUCACCAACAUAAUUAAACCAUUAUUUUCA